AUGCCUCCGAAGGCAAAAGCCAAGCAGCAUGGCCAGCAAAAAGGCUCCAGCCUCGCGCGCACAGGUCCAGUCGCGAGCUCAAGCUCAAGCUCAAGCGCAAGCACAAGCACAAUAAGGCGCAACGUCGCAAAGCUCAGCGAUGAGGAUUUUGCCAAGACAGUCCUCGCCCCUCGUGGCAUCCACGUCCUGACGCCAUUCUUUUCAAGCCGCGCCAAGCCCACGACGCCGACCUCGCACUUCCACGUCCCCUCCUUGCCUAAAGAGGGCAAAGUCGCCUUCUACCGGGACCUUCUCGGCGCUCGAAACAUCAACGUAUGGGUCGACGGCGGAGCGGCGUUUGAGAAUAAUAUUACCGCUGCAUACGGCGCAGUAUGGAUAUAGCGCCAAAGUGCCCGUUCGUACGUGAAUAUGGGGCUAGAGCGGUUUUUUCUAGCCGAGAAGAUGAUGGAAAAGCGGCCGAAAGGUGGAGGCAUAGUAUACGAGCGGGUGGACGAGGAAAAGUUCGAGCGCAGCGUAUUUAGAAUCAGGGGAUAGCGGGUACCGCCUCUCCUACCCGAUAACUCUAAGACGGGGAGUAACAAGCAGUUCGACUUUAAAGCCCUUGGCCCCUCCGCCGUCUACUACCUUAAUAUCCAGGUACUCUAAUAGCCCUAGAGCAAAGCUUCAACUUUCUCGAGGCAGAAGGGAACGCAACAACUAGCGCUCCCAGGGACCUAAAUCCGGCGCCAAACGAACUGGCACAGCCAGCUUAUCUACCCCCCC